UCCUGCAGUUAAUUUGUGGUUUCCAUCUGCUCUGAACCCUGAAAGGAGUAUCCGCAUUCAGUUAUUCGUCAAAAAGCUUUUUUCCCGCACAUCAUGAAUGACUCGCAAAACUCGACGUGUAAAGUUUUAAUGCAUCGCUACGCCAUUACUACCGAAGUUGACGAUCUCCGUUUUACAUAUAUCUCAAACAGUAUUUUAAACAGUUUAUUGUCGCAUUUUACCAUCAUGUUUAACAUUGUAACCAUCUGCGCGGUUCGAAAAACUUCAUCGUUGCCAAAGAGCCUGAAAACAUUGCUUUUGAGUCUAGCCGUUUCUGAUAUUGGAGUUGGUUGUCUUGUUCAACCAUUUUACACUUCACUCUUGAUCAAGAACCUACUGAAAGAGAUCCCCAGCUGCAACGCGUUCAAUAUGUUUGCAAUCAUACUGGGUUUGUUUUCUAUCGCUUCGUUCCUGAGUGUCGUGGCUGUAAGUGUAGACAGGUUCUUAGCUAUUCAUCUUCAUCUCAGAUACCAGGAACUUGUGACUCACAAGCGUGUUGUCGCAGUGGUAAUCUCAAUAUGGCUGCUAAGCGUGUUUCUCACAUCUUUGAUCCUCUGGGUUCCAUCGCUAGUGCACUCGAUAUUUUUGAUCAUUUUGUGGGUUUCGUUCUUCCUUGUCACAACAACAGUUUACGUUAAAAUUUACUUGGCGGUAAGAUACCACAAGAAAGAGAUUCAGUCCAUGCAGAUACAGCAGGUGGAACACAGCGGUGAGAUAGCAAACACCGUGAGCGUCCUAAAGUCUGCAGUCGGCGUUUUCUACGUGUAUCUCAUUUUUGUUGCUUGCCAUCUGCCUUACUUGCUGUUUUUGGCAGUCGCUGACCCAACCGUGACAAGUAACACUACAAAGAGCUUGUACCUCUUCUCUUAUACUUUUGUAUUUUUGAAUUCAUCUCUGAACCCUUUAAUUUACUGCUGGAAGAUGAGACACAUUCGGCACGCUAUCAUAGUUACACUGAGGAACAUGCCCUGGUUCAGAAAGAGGAAAAUAUCGCACUAAACUUGGCCUCGGUCGGUCACUACGGAGAGUGUUAAAGACUGAAAAAUGUUGACUAACAGCGGUAGAAUUUUCUAGGAUUGCUUGAUUGAAAUAAGGGGAAUUAUGAAAAGACUUUCGAACCGACUUCACAGCAUGACCUUCAUCUUUAUCUUUGCGCGAUCUCAUUUGAAAAUAAUUUAAAACGUUUCAAUUAUUCCUUCCUGAUUUAAAUGACAGCUAUAAAACAGAGUAACAUGGUAAAAAACAUGAAGUAUGGUAAACUUUCUUGCUUUUUGUUUGUAAAG